AUCGCCUUGCGCAUCCAUCAUCCGGGUCUUCGUCAAGGUUAGAUCUCUCUCCUUGCUCUGCUUUCACCAUGGCUGAUAACAAACUUACGGUUAAGCAGAAAUUUACUAAUUUCUGUUCGUUUCUUUACAAUUCUGAAACUGGUGAAGUCCUUGGAAGAUCUGGCAGGAAUUGGGGAGAGAUCACCCUCUUCUACAUCAUCUACUAUAUCUGUCUUGCUGGCUUCUUUGCGGCAUGCUUUACUGUAUUCAAUACAACACUGGAUGAACAUUUCCCCAGAUUAAUGCAUGAAGAUAGUUUAAUACGAGCAAAUCCAGGAAUGGGAUUCCGGCCUAUGCCAGACCUCGCAACAACUUUAAUCCGUUAUGAGAUGGCCAAUGCAAAAAGUUAUGAGCCAUAUGUGAAGCACAUCAAUGACUACCUGAAUAAAAAUCACAGAAAUGCCAGUGGUGAACUGGUUGAUUGUCCGGAUGGAGUGACUCGCCCUGAAGAGUCUAAAGCCUGCAUAGUUGAUCUCAAUUCUACACUGGCCACAUGUGGAGAAGACUUCGGUUUCAAAAUUGGAAAACCUUGCAUUCUGCUCAAGUUAAACAAAGUAUUUGACUGGACUCCGGAGCCUUUUGAGUCUGACAGCCUGCCCAGUAACAUGCCUGAGAGCCUUCAGGCAAAAUAUGAUCAGACCAGUAUAUGGAUCACAUGUGAGGGAGAGAACCCUGGUGAUAAUGAGAACCUGGGUGAGAUCGAGUACCUGCCAAAGCAAGGCUAUGACUUAAAAUACUACCCAUACAAGAACCAGAAGGACUACCUGUCGCCCCUUGUAUUUAUCCGUCUCGCCAAUAUUACCCCAAAUGUUGGUAUGCUUAUAGAGUGCAAAGCCUGGGCAAAGAACAUCUGGCACGACAGACAGGACAGACAGGGCAGCAUUCACUUCGAAAUCAUCAUCGAUUAAUGUUUUGACUUAGUAUAAAAUAGGCAUUUAUCAAUUUGGGAAUACUCUGUGGGACAAAGUCGUAUCAUUGAAGACCUGAUCCUAAAUUUGUAAGACUAGACAUGGUAAAAAAAAGGGACGUUAACAGUGCUGUUUGUUUAGAUGUAAAGUAUGAAUUAAGCGUAGCACUGUUUUUAAGAUCUAUUGAAGGUCAGUCUAUGUACAUAUGACUUUCAUCCCAAAGGUUUUGUAUUAAAAUCCCUCCACACCUUGGACUGGAAAAAAUUACGCCAGUAAUAAAUUAAAUCAGUGUACGGAAUACAUCUUGAAUGUUGAAUAUGAAAUUGUUACCAAAUGUGAUAAAAAUAAUUAAAUCUUAUUAAACAUUGUUAAAAUCUUUGUGUGAAUGGUGUCUAUAAUUUUUAACUAAUUAUAUCAGAUUUUAGAUGUAGCUCAUUAGAUAUCUAAAGCUUUAUGUAAAAAAGUGUAAAUAGAUUGUUAGCGUUAUGAGAUUCUUUCUUUUUCGUCCAGAUCUUUUUUUUUUCAUUAUUGGUUGUUAGAAAUAAUAUUGUAUGUUACUGUACUGUCAGAAAUAGGACAUUUUGUAUGUCCUGUACCUUAUUCUGAACUUGACAGAAUGGAGAAAAAAAUGUUAUUAAACGGAGAUGCCAUCUUUAUGACAAUCUGAAUAUAAAGUUUUUAAUUGUGUGAUAGAUUCAGUUUUAUAAUUUUGUAGAUUAUAUUGUCCUAGAGAAAUAGAUAUAUUGUCUUUAUCAUAUAACCUGGAUUAUGAGCUGACUAGAAAUGGAAUGCCUUAUGAAGCAAGUUGUAUGAUGUUCUAUUUGGCAUUUGUUGUAAUCUAAUUUGUGCAUAAGCUUCCCUUGAAAUAGUGCAAUUGUUUCAUAAGGUGUUCGAUACUAUAGUUACUUUCUUAGGAUAAGCUGAGGGUUUUGUCUGAGAGUGUUCAUUGUGCAAAUGUGAUGUUGAUUGACAAGGUAUACCUUGAUGGUGAAGUUUACAAGUGAAGGUAACCCUACAUUUGGUAGGGCCUGAUCAUUGUACAUGGCACAUUGUGUGAAUGACGAUGUAUGCAAGAAUAUUCACGCAUAGGCUGGCUUUGGAAAUAGCGGAUAUACACACUAAGGAUUUUGGUAUGGGUUUAUGAAAGGAAUAAUGUUUUAACAAAAGUGAUAUGGAUCGAUAUUUGGAAGGAAAAUAUUCUUGAUGGUAAAGUCACAUGUUCUGCAGUGAAGAUUUGAUUGCACUUCGAACUGAUUUCAAAAAGAGCGCCUGAUAUUCACUUCAACCCCACAGUGCAAAAUGUGUAUGUAUAAAUGUGUGUAUCAAUAAGGAGUGAAUCCUGAUGGUUGAAAUCGACCAUCGCUUAUUUCACCAUUUGUCAGCACAUUCCCAUGUAGGUAGUUAUAUAUAUAUGUGUGAUAUCUUAGGACAUUCUAUUCAGGGAGGAAUCUUGAUUUGAACAUGUUCACCAGUCUUGGUGACACAUAACAUUGGGACAUUGUUAUCACAUGCGACAUACAAGUGUUAUUGACGAGAAUAUAUUUCACAAUCUACACCAAAAGUUUUGUCAUAUCAAGACCAAUAAACUUAGUGUUGAGAAAUGUGUGUGCCAUAGUUGAAGUCAAUAGUUUGAUCUAAACUCAAUCAAAUGAACAUUUCUCCGCUGCCCCAUGUAAUUGUUUAUGAUCACUUGUAAGAAGCCAAUGUUUGUGAGCCAUUUUUAGAAACGGGUUGGGACCCUGGUUUGGCCAAGACGUUUGUCUGACUGACUGUCACCAGUUCUAUGCAUUUCUACAUUCACAUUGUCGGAUUUUAAUAUUUUUGUCUUUUUAUGGCAAUGUUCACCAUGGUCGUUUUAGAUUCCUGCAAAUGCUAUAAGAAUAACAGGCCAUAGGUUGUAAGUGCAAGCAUAUCACAGGUUGAUUGGUUUGUUAGAACUGCAUGGCAUUUCUUGAAUAAUUUGUGUCAUAUUCUUCACAUAUUCAGAACAAUUUGCAUGUACUUAUUUCUAAAUUUUUAAACUUCAUCACAGUUCAUUUCUAUUUAUCUCUUUGUACUUUGUCUGUUUUAUCAACAUCAGUUUCAACUUAUCCCUUCAGACUAAGUACUUAGUUGUCCUAAUUUAAGUAUCAUACUUCACAAGGAAAGAUAUUUCCUCUGUGAGGAGUGAUUGUCUUUUGCUUUUAGUUCUGUACACCAUCGUAGAAUGUUAACCAGAUAUCUGUGAAACGGAAUAAAAUUUUGUUUUAAUA